UCUCCUUCCCACGAUGUCUGACGUUACUUUCUUGCCUCUCAAGUAUUCAAUUCCCAUUUGGUUUUCUCUCUGGCAUCCGUUCACCUCAUAAUUAUCAUCACUCGUAUUCCAAAGCUCUUCCAUUUCAGUCUCCCCCCCCUCUCUCUCUCUCUCUCUCUCUGUGCUUUUCUUCUCCUUUCCUUCCAAAAUGGCAAAAAGAGCAGUGAAGUACGCUGUGAUAGAUGCCUUUACUGAUACUCCCUUCAAGGGGAAUCCGGCUGCUGUGUGCCACCUGGACGAUGAAGUGGCAGGAGCUGUGGAUGAGGAGUGGAUGCAGACGGUUGCCAAGGAGUUCAACAUCUCAGAGACUGAUCCUGUUACUGGUAGCGCACAUUGUGCACUAGCACCCUAUUGGAGUAAGAAGCUGGGGAAACACAAUCUCAUUGCUUACAUGGCUUCUCCAAGGGGUGGGAUAUUGGACUUGCAAUGGGAAGAGGAGACAGAACGAGUAAAGAUUCGGGGAGAAGCUGUUACUGUGAUGGUGGGCACUUUAGUGGUCUAGAAUUUUAGGCUUCUAAUAGCAGAACAUGUCACCAGUCCAUUGCUGAAACUGUUUCCUUGCUGAAACAUGGUUUUGUUGGUUUAAUUUGCUUGGAACUUAGAUCUUCCCUACAAAAUAUUUGCCUGAUUGUCUCAAUGCUUUCUGCUUGUGUGGAUGAUUAAAUUUGUUGGUUCUGCACAUAUUAAUACAUCACCAAACCAAAUUUCAACUA